GUAACUUCGGGCAACGGAGUUAGCCGAAGAUAUUGGACCUAGCGUCCCUAAUCGUGCUCACUUCUCUGUCUCUACCUGGACUUCUACUCAGUCCUUUGGGAUAACCCUAGAUUUUACCUAGCUAAGCGAUACUUGCGACUUUGUAGGUAACAUCGUGGGGUAACGAACUAGCAACGAACUAUGGCUGCCGUCCCCGCGUGGACUCUGGAGAACGCGUCAACAAGCAGUGACAGCGCCUCUUCAGAUAGCCAUACCCCAAUGAUCCUUGGGGUGAGUGAAAGAGGUGUCCCAAGAAGGUGGGCUGCGGCAAAUGUGGACCGCAAGCGAUAUCGGGAUUCUCCUUCCGAUGAGGACGAGGAUGUCACGGUUGAGAAAGAUCUUAGCCAGAGUCGGAGUAAGAUACGUACGAUGAAGUCAAGGAUGAAAGCGAGGAAGACUGUUACUUCCUCGUCACGAAGUCUCAAGCCCCUCACUCCUUCAGAUCGCCCAGUGGAUAGCACGUCUGUACCUGCUGCUCAUGUUGGCGACUAUAACCUUAGCAAGAAGCAAUUGUCGUUUACCCCCAAGAAAAAAUCAAGAGUCACCGCUAGCAACACAACUGCGACUCCAACCAGUAGUGUCCCUGUAGCAUCUGUCACUUUUGAUAUUCAUAAUGAUAUUACUGUGGAAAUUCCGCCGGCCAUUUAUCAACCAGCCAAAUCAAACCCCCCAUCCACUAAUAAACCCCCAAGUAAUCGCUCCCUUUGCGAACAUGCAUCCAUUCCCACCAAUUCCCCCACCCCUUCUUCUUCCCCUUUGUCUUCCCCUCCUUCCAUCACUACUACCCCCCUUCGACAACAACAACAAGCUCCCUAUUCGCCUUGUCCGGUGACUCCCACGCAUUCCUUCAUGCCCUCAUUAUCUCAACGAAGUAAUCUUCCUUCAGAGCUCCUUAGCUCGCCCUCUCCCCCUCCUACGGACGAAGCCGUGGCUUCUUUCCUACCUGAAAUCGCUCAACUCAUUUGGGUUAGAAUAUCCAAAGAUGGUGAAAUCAGUGAAGAUGGAGAACUGUGGUGGCCUGCUCAGGUAAGAGUCUAAGCUGGAACGAGAUCACCCCGCCACAUUCGUUCUCUCAUAUGAUCCUACGGGAGCAUUUAUAUACUAUUGUGCCUAGGUAAUCGCGUUAAAACCGGAUCUCAAAGUCAGCCUCUGCGGAUUCCAUUCGACGGGGGAUCGAACGACAUUGAAAAUCACUUCUGCGAUAGCGACGACGUCUCAAGUACUUGUUACGUUAAGUAAUGCCUUAAGAAGGGAUAAAACGCUCAAGGAGUUCUUGCCACCGAAUCAUUUGCGGAAAUAUAGGAAAAAGUUGGAAGGGGCUGUGAAAGAGUGGCUCGACGACGAGGAUUUAUAUUAUCGUAUUUUUGGCGAAGAAGAGGAAA